AUGAACAGCACCAACCAGUCGAGUGUCACUGAGUUCCUCCUCCUGGGACUCUCUAGUCAGCCCCAGCAGCAACAACAGCUCAUCUUCCUGCUCUUCCUCAUCAUGUACCUGGCCACUGUCCUGGGAAACCUGCUCAUCAUCCUGGCCAUCAGCACAGACCCCCGCCUGCACACCCCCAUGUACUUCUUCCUCAGCAACCUGUCCUUUGUGGAUGUCUGCUUCUCCUCCACCACUGUCCCCAAGGUACUGGCCAUUCACAUACUCAGAAAUCAAGCCAUUUCCUUCUCUGGGUGUCUCACACAGAUGUAUUUUCUCUGUGUGUUUGCUGGCAUGGACAAUUUCCUGCUGGCUGUGAUGGCCUAUGACCGAUUUGUGGCCAUAUGCCACCCUUUACACUACACAACAAAGAUGACCCAUCAGCUCUGUGCCCUUCUUGUUGUGGGAUCAUGGGUGGUAGCCAACCUGAAUUGUCUGUUGCACACAUUGCUCAUGGCUCGACUAUCCUUUUGUGGAAACAUCAUCCCCCACUUCUUCUGUGAUUCAACUCCUCUCCUGAAACUCUCCUGUUCAGAUACACAUCUCAAUGAGCUGAUGAUUCAUACAGAAGGAACUAUGGUCAUGGUCAGCCCAUUUGUCUGCAUCCUAAUCUCCUACAUCUGUAUCACCUAUGCAGUCCUGAGAGUCUCAACCCCUAGGGGAGGAUGGAGAGCCUUCUCCACCUGUGGCUCACACCUGGCUGUGGUCUGCCUCUUCUAUGGCACCAUAAUAUCCCUGUAUUUCAACCCCUCAUCUUCUCACUCAACUAGGAGGGACAUGGCAGCUGCCAUGAUGUACACAGUGGUAACCCCUAUGCUGAACCCUUUCAUCUACAGUCUGAGGAACAGGGACAUGAAAGGGGCUUUAAGGAAAGUGCUUACCAUGAGAUUUCCAUCUAAGCAGUAA